UUGUGGCACCUCCCAUGACAGCAUCUCUCCUGGUGGUAGCACCUCCCUUAACGCCAUCUCCCAAGCUGGUAGCAUCUACCACACUGGCACAUCCCAUGGUGGUGUCAUCUCCCAGAAAAGUGACAUCUUCCAUGGUGGUGGCAUCUCCCAUGGUGGUGGCAUCUCCCAGAAAAGUGACAUCUUCCACGGCGGUGACAUCUCCCAUGGUGGUGGCAUCUCCCACAGUGGUGGCAUCUCCCACAGCCAUGUUGUCACCCAAACCAGCAGUGUGUCCCAUGAUGGCAACUCUCACAGUGGCAUCUGCCAUGGUGGCAACUCCCACGGUGGUGGUGGCAUCUCCCACGGUGGCGGCGUGUCCCACAGGCGCGGUGUCACCCAAACCAGUGGCAUCUCCCACAAUGGCACCUCCCACAGUGGUGGCACCUCCCAAACCGUCCCCUCCCGCCGCGGUGCCAUCUCCACCAGCUUCCUCCUCCGCCUCUCCCACCACCCUCGGUGGCCUCCCCACCUCCUCCUCCUCCUCCUCCUCCUCCUCCUCCACCCACCCCCAACGCAGGGGGCCACCUUCAAGGUGGGGGUGAUGGGUCCUUGGACCUGUGACCCCCUCCUGGCCCGGGCUUUGCCCGAGGUGGCCUCUCGCUUGGCUGUGGCCCGUCUUAACCGUGACCCAACCUUCAACAAAGGCUACUGGUGGGACGCGGUGGUGUUGGCCGAGGCGUGCCAGACCCCCCAGGCUGUGACGGGGCUGCUCAAUGCCGAGCGUUACGCCACCGGUCUGGUGGGACCCCUCAAUCCGGCCACUUGUGGGGCUGCCGGGCUCCUGGCGACCGCCUGGAACAAGCCCUUGGUCUCCUGGGCUUGCUUGGGUGACGUCGAUGGGUUGGACACCUUGGUCAUCCCCAUGCCGGAACCCGCCGGGGUGCUCCACGCCGUCCUCCGCUUUUUCCGUUGGGCCCACGUGGCCGUCCUCUCCGCCCCACAGGACCUUUGGCGCGAGGUGGCCCAGGGUUUGGCCCAGGACCUCCGGGCUCGGGGGCUGCCCGUCACCAUCGUCACCGCUGCCGGGACCCAGGAGGACGAGGCCCGCGAGGCUCUGAGGAGGGUGCAGAGGGCUGACAGCAUUAGAGGGAUGGAUGCCACCUUCAUCCUCCUCAUGUUUGUCCUCAUCGCCGCCCUCAUCGCGGCAGGGGCUGCCCUCGCCUGCUUCAUCAGGCGCCGCAUCCAGCAGGCCCAGCUGAUGAAGGGGCCCAAUAAGAUCAUCCUCACCAUGGAGGACCUGACCUUCAUCAACACCCAGAGCAGCAAGCAGGGUGACUGGGUCUGGCUGAAGAAGUUCCCUGGAGACCAGCACAGUGAGGUGAAACCAGCCACCAAACUGGCCUUCUGCAAGCUGCGUGACCUGCGCCAUGAGAACGUCAACCUCUUCCUGGGCUUCUUCCACGACUGCGGCAUCUUCGCCAUCGUCUCGGAGCAUUGCUCCCGCGGCAGCCUCGAGGACCUGCUCCGUAACGAGGACAUGAAGCUCGACUGGAUGUUCAAGUCCUCCCUCCUCAUCGACCUCAUCAAGGGCGUGCGGUACCUGCACCACCGCGACGUGGUCCACGGGCGCCUCAAGUCCCGGAACUGCGUGGUGGACGGGCGCUUCGUGCUGAAGGUCACCGACCACGGCUACAACGAGCUGCUGGAGGCCCAGCGGUUGCCCGCCCCCACCCCCCAGCCACAGGGUGAGGGUGGGCCCCCCCCGGUGACGUGGGUGUCCCCAGAGAUCAUCGAGAAGGUGCGGCGGCCCCCCCCGCUGUGCCGCCCGGCGGUUUCGGCCGACCAGGCGCCGUUGGAAUGCAUCCACCUGAUGAAGCAGUGCUGGAGCGAGCAGCCCGAGAAGCGACCCACCAUCGACCAGAUCUUCGACCAGUUCAAGAGCAUCAACAAGGGCCGGAAGACCAACAUCAUUGACUCCAUGCUGCGCAUGCUCGAGCAGUAUUCCAGCAACCUGGAAGACCUCAUCCGGGAGCGCACCGAGGAGCUGGAGAUCGAGAAGCAGAAGACGGACAAGCUCCUCACCCAGAUGUUGCCCCCGUCAGUGGCCGAGGCUCUGAAGAUGGGCACCCCCGUGGAACCCGAGUACUUUGAGGAGGUGACGCUCUACUUCAGCGACAUCGUGGGCUUCACCACCAUCUCGGCCAUGAGCGAGCCCAUCGAGGUGGUCGACCUCCUCAAUGACCUUUACACCCUCUUUGACGCCAUCAUCGGCUCUCAUGAUGUCUACAAGGUGGAGACCAUUGGGGAUGCCUACAUGGUGGCCUCGGGGCUGCCCAAGCGCAACGGGAACCGCCACGCCGGCGAGAUCGCCAACAUGUCGCUGGACAUCCUCAGCUCCGUCGGCACCUUCAAGAUGCGCCACAUGCCCGAGGUGCCCGUCCGCAUCCGCAUUGGCCUCCACUCUGGCCCCUGCGUGGCCGGCGUCGUGGGGCUUACCAUGCCGCGCUACUGCCUCUUUGGGGACACCGUCAACACAGCGUCACGCAUGGAGUCCACCGGCCUGCGUGAGGCCAGCAACCACGGCAUCAGCCUGGACGAGAUCCCGGCCGAGCGGAGGAAGAAGCUGGAGAAGGCCCGGCCGGGGCAGGUGCUCAAAUAG